AUGCAGCAAAGCGCAGCGUGCGAAGAGACUUUCCCAAAAUUAAAAUUGGCAGCAGAACAUUCUUACAUUCACAUAAUAACGAAGUUCGUAAAAAUUGAUGUUGAAAUAGUUCCUGAGCUAGAUACAAUUCUCACAGACACUGAUGGAAAGAAAAUAAAGGGCCCGGCCAGAUGCAUAGCGCAUUUAUUCCGAGAGAAAAAUAUUGAUGAGGAAACAAUUAGCAGCAUAUCCAGUGUAAUUGGGCUUAGACCGCAGCAGAUGCUAGCAUAUGUGGCAAGCGGCCCAGAAGAAAGAAUAGACAACAUCCUUGCCAUAUCAAAAAUAAGAAAGUGGCUUUUUGAGGGACAAAUUCUAAACAAAGUUGGAGACCACCUAGUAGACAAGCUAGCAGAUAUACAUGAAAGAUACCAGAAAGUGUACUGCAGAGAGACUGGAGAAAUAUUUGUAGAAAGAAAUAUGGUCAGAGUAAUUGCCGAUUUCUACAAGCUGGUGAUCCUUUCUGGAAAGAUUGAGUCAAUUAUGGACCAUCCAGAGGCAGAUACUCUUUUCAUAGAGAAUGUUGAUUUUAAGACAGAGAAAAGGACAAUAGUAAGUGGUUUAAAGGGAAAGUUUGAAAAAAGCCGACUUCUUGAUGCGUGCUGUUUGUUUACUGUAAACCUAAAAUCAGUUUCCUUUAAAGGAACCAAAUCAUUUGGAAUGAUUUUAUUUGGAAAGAGCCAAGAAGAAAACAAUGGAUCUGUGAUAUUUACCGAGAGUAAUGGAGAUAGACUGGGUCUGCUGAACUAUCCACUUAACAAACUAGUUCCCUUCUCUAUUAAAACAGGCGAUGCGUCUAGAAGAACUCUUGAGGUCUUUUUUGAGCGGGUUUCUAUAAAAGGAGGGAAAUUGGUUUACAAUGGCCUAGAAACAGAAAUACAAGGAAAGCCAGUUUUGGUGGAAGGGAUAGACAAUGGAACAGUAUCAUAA